CACAACUGCUUCUCUCUCUCUCUCUCCCUUUCUCUCUCCCUCUCGUCAAUUUUUUUUUUUGUUGUUGUUAAAAAUCGCCUCGUCUCAUUGAGAACUAAGAGUUUGUUUUUCCCGAGAAAAUAAAAAAGAGAGAUGGGUUUCAUCUUCUCGGCCGAGAAAGUUAUGAAUGCUCUUCUCUUCAUCGUCAUCUUCUUUCAAAUCUACGGAUUAAAUGCUCAACUUCUACCCGAGGAUGAAGUUCAAACAUUGCGAACGAUCUUUAGAAAGCUUCAAAACCAAACAGUGAACAUCGAAAGGACUUCUUGUUCGGACAGAAAUUGGAACUUUGCCUCCGGCUUAGCAAACAGUACCAUCAUCUGCGACUGUUCUAUAAACGCCACCUGUCAUGUCACUAGCGUUGAACUUAAAGGUUUCAGUUUGCCCGGGAUUUUUCCGCCUGAAUUCGGGAACCUCACACGUCUUCAAGAGAUAGAUCUUUCUCGGAACUAUCUCAAUGGAACAAUACCUACGACUUUGUCUCGAAUUCCGCUUGCAAUCUUGUCUGUAAUCGGAAAUCGCCUCUCUGGACCAAUUCCUCCUCAACUCGGAGCAAUUACUACACUCAUUGAUCUGAAUUUAGAGGAUAAUUUUCUCACAGGACCACUUCCUUCAAACUUAGGGAACUUAAGAAGUUUACAAAGAUUGCUUCUCUCUGCGAACAACUUCACCGGUCCAAUCCCUGAGUCUUUAAGCAAUCUCAGGAACUUGACUGAUUUUCGAAUUGAUGGAAAUUCUCUAUCUGGAAAAAUACCGGAUUUUAUUGGAAACUGGACUCUGCUCGAUAGGCUAGAUCUUCAAGGCACAUCAAUGGAAGGUCCAGUUCCAGCUUCAAUAUCAAACUUGAAGAACUUGACUGAAUUGAGGAUAACCGAUUUGGAUGGACCGGCCUCUACUUUUCCAGACUUGCGAAAUAUGACGAAUAUGAAACGAUUGGUACUAAGAAAUUGUAAGAUAAGGGGACGUAUCCCGGAUUACAUUAGUUCAAUGAGUGGGCUAAAGUUACUAGAUUUAAGCUCAAACAUGUUAACUGGUCCAAUUCCAGACACCUUUAGGAGCCUGGAUUAUGAUUUUAUGUUUCUGAGUAAUAACUCAUUGACAGGUCAAGUUCCUCAGUUCAUCCUCGACAGUAGAGAAAGACUGGAUUUGUCUUACAACAAUUUUACUCAACCACCUUCUUUAAGCUGUAAUCAGAUUGAUUUGAACUUGGUCUCCAGCUACCCGUCAGUAACCGAUAACAAUGUUCAAUGGUGCUUAAGAGAUGAUCUUCCAUGUCCCCGAGAUGCAGAACAUUCUUCCUUGUUCAUUAACUGUGGAGGAAGGGGAAUCGAGAUCGAAAAAGACACGUAUGUGGAAGACUUGAACGAUGGAGGACCAUCAAGAUUCUUUUCUGUAGCUGAAAAAUGGGGAUACAGCAGUUCUGGAGGUUGGGUAGGCAAUGGAGAAGCUGGCUAUAUAGCAACGGAUAGGUUUAAUCUGAUCAAUGGAUCGGUUCCAGAGUAUUACAAAACAGGUCGUCUCGCUCCACAGUCACUCAAGUACUAUGGACUUUGCAUGAGAAGUGGAAGAGGAACUUACAAAGUUCAGCUCCACUUUGCAGAGAUAAUGUUCUCAAAUGAUCAGACUUACAAUAGCUUAGGGAGAAGAGUAUUCGACAUUUAUGUUCAAGGGAAUUUGUUGGAGAGGGACUUUAACAUAGCAGAGAGAGCAGGAGGAGUAGGUAAACCAUUCAUAAGGCAAAUUGAUGAAGUUCAAGUGAAUGGAAGUACUUUGGAGAUUCAUUUGCAGUGGUCAGGGAAAGGCACAAACAUGAUACCAACACGCGGUGUUUACGGUCCUCUCAUAUCCGCCAUAACCAUUACACCAAAUUUCAAGGUUGAUACAGGAAAGCCAUUGUCGAAUGGAGCUGUUGCAGGCAUUGUAGUUGCAGCGUGUGCGGUUUUCGCAUUGCUUGUUGUUAUAAUCCUUAGGCUAACAGGUUACUUGGGUAAAAAGGAAGAUGAUGAAAAUGAGGAGCUUCGGGGACUUGAUUUGCAGACAGGAUCGUUCACAUUGAAACAAAUCAAACGUGCUACGAAUAACUUUGAUCCAGAGAACAAGAUUGGUGAAGGAGGAUUUGGACCGGUUUAUAAGGGUGUACUCGCUGAUGGAACAACGAUUGCAGUGAAGCAGCUUUCAUCGAAAUCAAAGCAAGGAAACAGAGAGUUUGUGACUGAGAUCGGGAUGAUAUCUGCGUUGCAACACCCAAAUCUUGUGAAACUUUAUGGUUGUUGCAUUGAAGGGAAAGAGCUCUUGCUUGUUUAUGAGUACUUAGAGAACAACAGUCUCGCUCGUGCACUCUUUGGUUCAGAGAAACAGAGACUUCAUUUGGAUUGGUCAACAAGGAACAAGAUAUGCAUAGGGAUUGCAAAAGGAUUGGCUUAUCUACACGAGGAAUCAAGGCUGAAGAUAGUUCACAGAGACAUAAAAGCAACGAAUGUGCUUCUUGACCAGUCUCUGAAUGCUAAGAUCUCUGAUUUUGGUCUAGCUAAACUCGACGAAGAAGAGAAUACACAUAUCAGCACAAGGAUUGCAGGAACAAUAGGUUACAUGGCUCCAGAGUAUGCAAUGAGAGGUUACUUAACAGACAAGGCAGAUGUUUACAGCUUCGGUGUUGUCUGUUUAGAGAUCGUUAGCGGAAAGAGCAACACAAACUACAGACCAAAGGAAGAGUUUGUUUACCUUCUUGAUUGGGCUUAUGUUUUGCAAGAACAAGGGAAUCUCUUAGAACUAGUGGAUAUGGAUCUCGGUACAAGCUUUUCGAAGAAAGAAGCAAAGAGAAUGUUGAACAUUGCUUUACUCUGCACAAACCCAUCUCCGACUUUGAGACCACCAAUGUCAUCUGUUGUAAGUAUGUUAGAAGGGAAGAGCAAAGUCCAACCACCAUUGGUGAAACGUGAAGCUGAUCCAAGUGGUGCAGCUGCAAUGAGGUUUAAGGCCUUUGAGCUUAUAUCACAAGACAGCGAGUCACAAGUCUCGACCUUUGAAAGAGAUAGAGAAAACAAAAGCUCAUCGUCGAUGGAUGCUCCUUGGGUUGACUCUUCGUUCUCUGUACAGGACAAAGAUGUUAAACAAGAAGAAGACGAAGAAGAACGAUCAUCAUCUUCGUCGAGGAAACUUUUAGAUGAUCUUAACGAGGUGAAGAUAGAGUAAAGAAUUGUAUAUCUUUAUGAUUCUUUUAUUCAAACUCUAAUUAACAACAUAAUUCAUUUUAUAUCGCAUUACAUAAAGUUGAACACGUCUCACGACGCAAAAGCAAAGAUGUUAGCUUUCAACAAGAAGAAUGUUCAUUAUCUUCUGUUAGAUGAUCUGUACCAAUAUCGAUGUGAAGAUUACUUAAGUUUUCACAUUUCUUACAAUCUUUUUGCUGGUCGAUUGUACAAAUU